AGUGGCGCGAACAGUCUGGAUCAGAUCAAGUGACAAGCUGGCGCCACGCGUACCGUCUGUUUCGGUAGAUAUAGUUAGAUUCCGUUCGCGAUCCAUAGAUUGAUCAACGACGUAUAUGUACGCAAUUAUUAAUUAAUUGUAUCUAUAGAAUACGAAAACCAAUUGGUUUGCAAACAUUUGUCGAUCAUACGUUGCGAACGGUUACGUAAUAAUACCGUUACGCUGUGUCAAGAGAGAUCAACCAGCGGGAAAUUCAAAUGGAGGUACACAUUGAAAAUAACGUUAAUAGUAAAUCUUCGUGAUUGGAUACGCGUCGAGGGAGACUAAAUCGACCUCUGUCAGUUCACUGGUCGCGAUAACGUUCCAGUUAUAAAUCGGGACUUACAAGAAGCGAACGAUAUUUCGACGAUCGUAAUUUGGUGAUCGAUUUUGUUCCUGAAUAAAGUUCACAGUGAUAAGGGAGGUAAAGCAAUCGAGGGUAUAAACAAGCUGUAAUUAAUUCGCGAAUGAUGCAGAUUAUGCACAGAACUAUUUUGACUGCGUCGGGGAUCGCGUCGAGGUCCCCCUUGGAUUCGUCGAGACUUAGUUCGAUAGUCCUUCAAAGAAUGACCUCCAGCGACCAGGGGCUUGAUAGGACGGUAGUGCCCAAAGAGGAUGUAAUAAGGUUCGUUCGUGAAUGCUUGUGCAAAGUUGGUGUUACGACCGAGGACAGCCAGACCGUCGGACAUCACCUGAUGACCGCCGAUUAUAGUGGUCACUUUAGCCACGGAAUGAACAGACUACGAAUGUAUGUAGAGGAUAUCGAGUGCAAGGUUACCGACGUCGCCGCGAAACCGCAGGUCCUCACUGACUUUCAGGCGAUAGCGUUGGUGAACGGUCACAAUGGUCUGGGCCACGUGAUCGGCAAGUUCAGUAUGGAGCUAGCCAUUGAAAAGGCGAAGAAGUUUGGUAUCGGAAUGGUGGCCACUCGUGGCUCGAAUCAUUACGGGAUUUGCGGCUACUACACCAUGAUGGCAAUCGAGCAAGGUCUGAUAGGAUUUAGUUGCACCAACACUAGUCCGUUAAUGGCUCCGACUCGCAGCAAGGCCAAGGGGCUGGGCACCAAUCCUCUGUCUCUGGGUAUGGGUGGGCUAGACGGUGAUCAUUUUCAUCUGGACAUGGCUACGACAGCUGUGGCUCUGGGAAAGAUCGAAUUGGCUUUGAGAAAGAAUGAAUCCAUACCAUCAGGUUGGGCACUUGGAACAGACGGAAAAGUCACCACGGACGCCGAGAACGCGUACAAAGCGUCGCUUCUGAUGCCUCUUGGCGGGGAAGAGCGUACUUCCGGCUACAAGGGUUACGGACUGGCCGCGAUGGUCGAGAUACUCUGUGGGAUUUUAUCAGGAAGCGAUUUCGGGCCUAAUAUCAGAGAUUGGACGGUCAAGGAAAAGCCUGCAGAUCUUGGACAGUGCUUCAUGGCCAUUAAUCCAGAAGCUUUCUGUUACGGAUCAAAAGACAGGCUGUCGAAGUUGUUACGACAGUUGAGAGAACUGCCUCCUGCUGGAGACAAGCCUGUGCUGGUCGCUGGGGAUCCGGAGAGAGCUGCUAAACAACGUGUGGAUCAAGAGGGCGGAAUCACGUAUCAUCCUAAUCAGUUGAAGGAUUCCAAGGAGUUGGCGGAAAAGUUAGGCAUCGAGCCAAUGAAACUGCUUUCUAAGAAAAUGAUCCACUAAUGUUACGAGAGACUAGGCUAUCUAUUGAAGACUUAAGCUGCUGAGUUAGUUAUCUUGGAACUGACUUUUGAACGUUUGUUAUAAUCAUAACUAGGUAACAUUUCGAGACAGAGUAUUUUGAUUCUUCGCUACUCAAGAUUUUUUUUUCUACAGCUAUAUCACCAGUUUCACUACGUUUUUUAAGAACAAAUAAAAUAAUAAAGUAACAUUACACAUA